GCAGUGCAGUGAGGGGAGGACUUAUUCCAACGCCAUCAUCUCACCUAACCUGGAAACUAUUAGAAUCAUGCGGGCAUCUCAAACCUUCUCCGUGGGAGACUGCACGGCGGCUUGCUGUGACCUGCCCAGCUGCGACCUGGCCUGGUGGUUUGAGGGCAGCUGCUACCUGGUGAACUGCGUGCACCAGGAGAACUGUGAGCCCAGGACGACAGGCCCCAUCCGGUCUUACCUCACUUUCGUGCGCAGACCUGUCCAGAAGCCCGAGCAGCUGCUGGACUACGGAGACAUGAUGCUGGGCAGGGGUUCCCCUUCUGGUGCUUGGGGAGACUCCCUUGAGGACCUCAGGAAGGACUUGCCCUUUCUAGGAAAAGAUGGGGGACCGGAGGAGACUGCUGAGUACUCAGAUGACUACAAGGAGCUGGAGCAGGGCCUCCUGCAGCCCUCCAACCAACAGGACCCCAGAGGCGGCGCUGAGUACCCCGACUGGAGCCUGCUGCCCGGCAGCGAGGGAGGUUUCAAUGUCUCAGCUGCAGAGGACAGCUCAGCUACUUCCACAGAGAAGCUGCAGGACCCCACACCCCAGCCGCUGGGCCGGCAGCAGCUGGGGGUCCUGAAUGAGUCCACUGGGUCCCCUACCCCCGGGCACUCAGCAGAGACCAGUGUGUGGCCCACCUCUGUGACCGUAUUACCUACAGGAGAGGGGAUGGAGAGAGAAACUUUACAGCUCCAAGAACAACCCAGCAAUAGCUCUGGAAAAGAGGUUCUAAUGCCUUCCCCUAGUCUUGCCCCCACCAGCCUGGAGUCCAGCCCAGCCAUGGUGGGGAAAAGCUCCAUUCUUACUGUCACCCCAUGGAACACAGAACACAGCACCCCAACAUUUCCCACCACUACAGUUCUCCUGGGUGACCCACCUGCGAGGCCUGUGUCACCGACUACUUCUACCAGGACAGUAAAGGCGCUUGCAGUGUCUGCUGGAGAUAACCUUGUGAUAACCUUACCGGACUGUGAAGCAGAACUGAAGGCCUCUGUUGAGCCAGCGCCCCCUGCAGACACAACUUACAGCUAUAAAUGGAGUUUAAUGAGCCACCCUGUAGACUUUCAAGGUAAAAUCAAACAAGAGAACAAGCCAACUCUUCACCUCUCUCAAUUAUCCGUGGGAUUCUAUGCCUUCAGAGUAGCUGUUUCUAGUGAGGAUGCAUUUGGAGAAGCAUAUGUCAACAUCAGUGUUAUGCCAGCAGCAAGAGUCAACCAGCCACCCACGGCAGUUGUUUCUCCUCAGAUACAGGAACUCACUGUGCCCUUGACCUCGGCCCUCAUCGACGGCAGCCAAAGUACAGAUGAUACUAAGGUAGUGAGCUACCACUGGGAAGAAGUCGACGGGCCCUUCCUCGGAGAGGCGUUUCUGGCUGAUGCUCCAGUCUUACGCUUGUCGAACUUAGAUCCUGGUAACUACACUUUUAGGUUGACCAUCACAGACUCAGAUGGCGCUACUAACUCCACCACAGCAACCCUCAUCAUCCAUGGUGCCGUGGACUACCCACCUGUUGCCAAUGCAGGACCAAAUCAGACCAUAACUUUGCCCCAAAACACCAUAACUCUGAAUGGAAACCAGAGCAGUGAUGAUCACCAGAUUGUCCUCUAUGAGUGGUCCCCAGGCCCUGGCGGUGAGAGCAAAGAGGUGGUCAUGCAGGGAGCACAGACCCCAUACCUCCACUUGUCUGAGCUGCGGGAAGGAGAGUACACAUUUCAGUUGAUGGUGACGGAUUCCGCAGGACAGCAAUCCGCUGCUCUGGUCGCCGUGAUUGUCCAGGCUGAGAACAACCAGGCUCCGGUGGCUGUGGCAGGCCCCGAUAAGGAGCUGUUCUUCCCGGUGCAGAGCGCUACACUGGAUGGGAGCGGGAGCAGUGAUGACCACGGCAUCGUCUGCUACCACUGGGAGCACCUCAGAGGUCCCAGUGCAGUGGAGAUGGAGAAUGUGGACAAAGCCAUAGCCACUGUCAGCGGGCUGCAGGUGGGUACCUAUCACUUCCGUUUAACCGUGAGAGACCAGCAGGGGCUGAGCAGCACAUCCACCCUCACCGUGGCUGUGAAGAAGGAAAAUAAUAGUCCUCCCAGAGCCCAGGCUGGUGGCAGACAUGUUCUUAUACUUCCCAAUAAUUCCAUUACUUUGGAUGGUUCAAGGUCUACUGAUGACCAAGGGAUUGUGUCCUAUCUGUGGAUCCGGGAUGGCCAGAGUCCAGCUGCUGGCGAUGUCAUCGGAGGCUCUGACAGCGGGGUGGCUCUGCAGCUCACCAAUCUGGUGGAAGGAGUCUACACUUUUCACCUGCUAGUCACUGACAGUCAGGGGGCCUCGGACUCGGACACAGCCACGGUGGAGGUGCUACCAGACCCCAAGAAGGAUGGCCUGGUGGAGCUGAUCCUGCAGGUUGGUGUUGAGCAGCUGACCGAGCAGCAGAAGGAAACCCUAGUGAGGCAGCUGGCUAUGCUUCUGAAUGUGCUAGACUCAGACGUGAAGGUGCUCAAGAUCCAGGCCCACACAGAUGUCAGCACUGUGAUUGUAUUUUAUGUACAGAGUGGGCCACCUUUCAAGGUUUUCAGAGCUGCUGAUGUGGUCCGGAAUCUGCACAGGCGGCUUUCAAAGGAGAAGGCAACCUUCUUACUUUUCAAGGUCUUGAGGAUAGACACAGCAGGAUGCCUUCUCAAGUGUUCAGGUCAUGGCCACUGUGACCCCAUCACAAAACGCUGCAUUUGCUCCCAACUGUGGAUGGAGAACCUCAUACAGCGUUAUAUGUGGGAUGGCGAGAGCAACUGUGAGUGGAGUGUGUUCUACGUGGCAGCGCUGGCAUUGAUCCUGACAGUGCUAACUGGAGCUGUGACUUGGUUGUGCAUCUGCUGCUGCAGGAGACGGAAAAGGACUAAGAUAAGGAAGAAAACCAAGUACACCAUCCUAGACAAUAUGGACGAACAGGAGAGAAUGGAACUGAGGCCCAAAUACGGUAUCAAGCACCGGAGCACGGAGCACAACUCUAGCCUGAUGGUGUCAGAGUCUGAGUUUGAAAGCGACCAGGACACACUGUUCAGCCGAGAGAGGAUGGAGAGCGGGAUCCUGAAGGGUUCCCUGAAUGGCUCUGCCAGAAAUGGCGCUUCCUUCGGUUACUGCUCAAAGGACAGAUAAUGGGCUGUGUGUGGAGGGACCUCUUGGGCCUGUGACUCAGUACCAGACAGUGGGAGUUAAAAUACAAAACUGACUCCUGCUGGGCACAGCACAAUUAUCAACCCUUCCCAGGGGCCUUGCUCUGUGCUCCACAUAUUUACUAAAAGACCCGGGUUCUUGGAAUUUUCAAGACAAAAGAAAACACUGCUUAUUCAACUGAUGCUCAUUAAUAGAGAAAAGGGUGCAUAAAACGUCUGCAGAGUGUGCUGAAAACAGUUUUGUGUCUCUGUAGUAGACACUUCGUUAUAUUUAUUGUCCAUGGUGAAAUAUGGCGAACACUUGUUUAUUUAUAGCCCUGUAGGAAGGACAAGUUAAGAAGGGUUGAUUUCUCUGUAGAAGCUGUGACGGCCUUUAAGAAAAACCUUCCAGAAGUGGCUUCUCAGAGGGCCUGCAGGGUCAGCUUGCAGUUCAGCUAAGAGGCAGGAGCCAUCUGUAUGCAGCGGGCUUCCUGUGUUGACAUGAUGUUCGUGAUGCAGCCAACUGCUGGCUAGGCUAGAAAUUCAGGAGUUAAGGAAGAGUCAGAAUCUAAGAACAGGAGGCAGUAGAGACGGAGAGAAGAUAAGGACUUGCAGGUUGAAUGUUGAAGGUAGCCUUUAAUAGUCUUUUCUUUCUGUCUGUCUCAUUUCUUCUCAUUCUCUCUCUCUAAGAAAGAGAAACCACAGUGGGGCUUCUCUCACUUGGUGGACAUUAAAACUGACUGCUUAUUCACUUGACUUUUACUGAGUAUGUACCUUAGCACUGCCAUAGAAAAAGAAGGACUCAGUGACUGCAGACAUAUUCCAAAACUCUGAAAUACGUUCUUCAUGAAGGGAGUGUGGUCAUCAUGCUCUGAACUCCUACAAAGACUUUCCAUAGAAGUAACUGGGCAGAAAGUUCACUGUUUAUGCUUUAAAACAUAUUUAAGGCAUUGGAGAAAUGACUCUAUCUACGACCACUCACUGCUCUUGCAGAGGACCGUGGUUCAGUUCCUAGCACUCAGAUGGCGGCUUACAACUGUCCAUAACUCCAGUUUCA